AUCAGUCAGGACCAUCAUUUCCACUGCACAAACAGUAGUUCUGUUAAAAAGGGUAUUGAAGGGUUUCUUCAUCAAUUACAGGAAGUAGUUUUGGCUAACUUUCUGCACAUUUCAUCUAGUUUUCAGCAGAGGACAGUUCACCUUUUUUUUUUUCUUAUUCAUUUUUCAUGAUAGCAGCUGCUGAAAUGGACUCAAAAUCUGAAGCUACCAAGACGGCGCUGGAAACGGAACAGGAGAAGAUCUUCAACAUCAUAAGUUCCUCACAGUGUGGACGAAUGGAUGAACAGCGUUGCGUCUUGAGUCCAGUUAAAAAACAAGUCAAAAAUACACCUGCAGGUUCAAACAAUGAGGAGUUCUCCCAUACCUUGGACGAUAAACAGGGACAACACCUUUGUGUGUCAUUGCCAGGGUUAAACUACCAGGAACCUUUGAGUGACCAUCACGGCUCUGCACCUGAGAUCUCUGUCACCGAAAGUACUCCAGAUACAAACAGGAAGCAUCUGUUUGUACCAGUAAACCAAUUACAGGUCCCCCCUCAACGUGACCACUCCAAUACUAUAAAGACAGAAACACCUGAUGAACAACAGAAGUUUGUGAAUAUGAUCAGCCAUGGCCAGCGUGGACGCAUGGAUGACCAGCGCUGUUCCUUGGAUCCUAGCAGGAGUGCUCCCUGCACACCCAAACACACAGACAGAAAGCCUGCUGCAAGUACAAACACAGCUUCAGAUUCUGAAAAGUUGUUCAACCUCCUGGCUAACUCUCAGAGCAGUCGACUUGAUGACCAGCGAGUGUCUCUUCCGUCAUUACCAGGAGUACGGAAGGAAAAUGCCACAUCUACUGCAGGAGGAGAUUCAAACAGCUUGUGUGACAUGGUCUCUAAAGCCCAGGGUUCCAGAAUGGAUGACCAAAGAUGCUCGCUAACUCCAAUAACCCACCAGACCCAGAGCUCAAAAAAUGAUAAAUCUAUGUCUGGUAUAGGCCCUCCACGUUCAAGCUCUUUCAGCCCCAGCUCAGACGUAGAACGACCAAAGAGUAAAGAUAAAGAAUCUCAAAAACAGGUUUUGACUGAGCAGGAAGAUUUGUUAACCUUAAUGAGUAAUUCCCAGCGUGGGCGAAUGGACGAACAGCGAUGUGUCUUAAAUGUUAGUGCCCAGUCCACACCCAAACAUAAGCCCAGUCAGAGCACGCCGCCCAAAGAUUCAGAAUCUGAAAAGUUGUUCAACCUCCUGGCUAACUCUCAAGGCAGUCGACUUGAUGACCAGCGGGUGUCCCUUCCGUCAUUACCAGGAGUACGGAAUGAAAAUGCCACAUCUACUGCAGGAGGAGAUUCAAACUAUUUGUGUUACAUGGUCUCUAAAGCCCAGGGUUCCAGAAUGGAUGACCAAAGAUGCUCGCUAAGUCCAAUAACCCACCAGACCCAGAGCUCAAAAAAUGAUAAAUCUACGUCUGGUAUAGGCCCUCCACGUUCAAGCUCUUUCAGCCCCAGCUCAGACGUAGAACGACCAAAGAGUAAAGAUAAAGAAUCUCAAAAACAGGUCUUGGCUUCGCCUGAGCAGGAAGAUUUGUUUACCUUAAUGAAUAAUUCCCAGCGUGGGCGAAUGGACGAACAGCGAUGUGUCUUAAAUGUUAGUGCCCAGUCCACACCCAAACAUAAGCCCAGUCAGAGCACGCCGCCCAAAGAUUCAGAAUCUGAAAAGUUGUUCAACCUCCUGGCUAACUCUCAAGGCAGUCGACUUGAUGACCAGCGGGUGUCCCUUCCGUCAUUACCAGGAGUACGGAAGGAAAAUGCCACAUCUACUGCAGGAGGAGAUUCAAACUAUUUGUGUUACAUGGUCUCUAAAGCCCAGGGUUCCAGAAUGGAUGACCAAAGAUGCUCGCUAAGUCCAAUAACCCACCAGACCCAGAGCUCAAAAAAUGAUAAAUCUAUGUCUGGUAUAAGCCCUCCACGUUCAAGCUCUUUCAGCCCCAGCUCAGACGUAGAACGACCAAAGAGUAAAGAUAAAGAAUCUCAAAAACAGGUCUUGGCUUCGCCUGAGCAGGAAGAUUUGUUUACCUUAAUGAAUAAUUCCCAGCGUGGGCGAAUGGACGAACAGCGAUGUGUCUUAAAUGUUAGUGCCCAGUCCACACCCAAACAUAAGCCCAGUGAGAGCACGCCGCCCAAAGAUUCAGAAUCUGAAAAGUUGUUCAACCUUCUGGCUAACUCUCAGGGUAGUCGACUUGAUGACCAGCGAGUGUCUCUUCCGUCAUUACCAGGAGUACGGAAUGGAGGUACCACAUCAACAUCUACUGCUGCAGAGAAGGAUACAAGCUACUUGUGUUACAUGGUCUCCAAAGUCCAGGGUUCAAGGAUGGAUGAACAGAGAUGUUCUGUGCCCCAGAUCUCCCAGAAUCUGGGUACCCCAUCUACUCAGCGUAAAGAUCACCCCAUUUCAGAUGCAUCUGAUAAACCUACCCAGAUCUCUUCCUCCUUAAACCGUGUCAAAACUGACCAACAUCAGCAGGAGGCAUCUCCAGCUGAGCAGGAAAAGCUCUUUAAAAUGAUAAGUCAUUCACAAGGUGGACGUAUGGAUGAGCAACGUUGCUCUUUACAACCCAGAAGUACACCUGCCACACCCACACACAAUGGAAGUGCUAUAAAUAAUGUACCCACAGGUACAGAUGCUGACGCAUUCUUCAAAAUCAUUUCCUCCAGUCAGGGACGACGGCUAGAUGAUCAGCGUGUUACACUUCCUACCCUGCCAGGGAUAAGUGGGAACACUGAAAGAAAAGAGAAUGGUAGAAAUACAAAGGCUACAACACCAGCUUCCCCACAGCCACCACACAUUACUGUGGCUGAAAGUACACCAACAACAACAAGGAAAGACUGUCCCAGACCAACCUCUCAACCCCAAAAGACUUAUGCAGAAUCUGGUUCCCCCAGAGCCCUACCUAAAUCUGCUUCAUUUACCCCUGAUACAGAUUAUCAGAAGAAGCAAAAUUCCCCAGCACAGAUGACAGUAAGGGUGUCCAUGAGCUUCACAUCACAGCAGGAAAAUGUUGACCAACCAUGUACAUUCCCAGAAGUCUUCCUUACUCUAGGAGCACCUGGAGAAAACGUUGUAAUCCCACUGAGCCCGGCACCUGGAAGACCCAUGUCCUUCAACUUAAACCUUGUCCCUAAAGACGAUGUUAAGUCCAGGCACAGCUCUCCAAGCCAUGCAAGUCCUGGAAAAGCCCACUCAAGGCCAUCAUCUCCCAACCCAGGAGCAACCAGUGAAGCACAUCCUGAAGCUGUUACCAGCCCUAUCAGUCCAGGGGAAGACUGCUUCUCUCUGAUUGAGAAGGUUCACACAGCCCAUCUGCAGAAGGGGAUGGUUCAAGGAGGACAAAAAUGCAAAGGGGAGCAAGGGAAAGGAAAGGGAGGUGGAAAGAAAGAUAAGAAGAAUGGUUGAAAUAAACAAUAGUCAGGUAUGCCACAUUGUCAAUUAUCUAUUCAAGAAAAUAAUGGAGAUAAAAUGUUAGAAGUCCGUAAUUGGCUUGGGAAAUAAUUUAUUAAACAAAGUUAAUUAUAUUUGUAGUUUUCAUAUUCCUGCACUAAGUAUUAGCCCUUGCUGUUUUUAUUUUCAGCACUGAUGUGAUUUGUUGAAGCUUUUCUUUUCUUCUUUGCUAGUUAAAUGUUCCAUAUAUAUGCAGUAUACAUUGUCUAUUUUGUUUUAAACUCAGUGGUGUGGAUAAUAACUCAUUGCUUUGUUUUUUCAAAUGUGAAUGCAAUGUAUACAGUUAAAAAUAAUAUUGCUUUAGUACUUACUGCUAUAUUUCUGCUAUCCAAAAAGAGAAAUUAUAGGUAGAUGGAAAUUAAAGCCAGUACUCUGGCAAACAGUGUCAGACAAAAAAUGUAUAACAAUGCAAACGGAAAUACCUAAAUUAAACCUGAUUGCCAAUUCA